AUGGGCAAAUGCUACAGCUGUUCAAAGCUUCGACCAUCACAAACCAAAAAUUCGCACACCCCAACAAGAUGCAAAUUACGCUCAGACUUGACUAUGCCAACAUUUGAUACGAGUGUUGGCUUAUUGCAUCACAAUCUUAGAACAGUGUCGAGCGCAACAAUACCAUCGAAUAAAGUCGAAACAAAAGACCCUUCAAUGAGUAACGACACAAACAGAAAAAAAUCACUUGCAGAAGACCCUUCAAUGAUUAAGGAUACAAACAGAAAAAAAUCAUUUACAGACGACCCUUCAAUGAGUAAGGAUACAAACAGAAAAAAUUCAUUUACAGAAGAUAUAAGUCUAGUUUGGAAAUUAGACGAUAUUACAUAUUUUGAUCACGAUCCGAUUGAAGAAUCGUCGAUUGCAGAAAAGCAUCUUAAUUUGGAGAAUUUCGUUGUUAUUUGGCUCGACGAUCAGUUCGUGGAUAAGCGAUCGAGAGAUGUUGUGCGUGCGCAAGUCAAUUAUCUAGAAGUAUUUUACGAUGUUGACCAAUGUGUUGAUGAAAUUUCAGAAAUUGAUACAGAUAAGAUUUUCCUAAUUGUAUCGGAAAAUUAUUUCAAUCAACUCGCUCUAAUACUUGAGUCUUUUGAGCAAGUGCAUUCAGUUUAUAUUCUGUGCUACAAUCAAGAUAUUUACAAUAUGUAUAUGAUACACGAUUUUGCACUGUCAGAAUAUAGAAAACUUGCGGGCUAUUUCAUAGAUAUUGACCAAAUUUCUCAUGCAAUAAGAAAGAGAAAGGCGCAAUUGAGGCCGUUCAAAAAAUCAUGA